UUUCUCGUCGCCCCAAUAAUACGCAGCAGGGAGGGGCGGGACGCAAUUUGGUGCGGCUGUUCGGCUCGGUGGUUGCGGCAUGUCGGAGGAAGGCGAAUCGAGCGGUCUGACCGAUGAAGAAGCUUGUAGCGCCUGUUCCGACCCUCAUCCCAGCACAAAGGACUUUCUUAUGCAACAGACAAUGCUAAGAGUAAAAGAUCCUAAAAUAUCUCUGGAUUUUUAUACUAGAAUUCUUGGAAUGACUUUACUUCAAAAAUUUGACUUUCCUUCUAUGAAGUUCUCUCUCUACUUUUUGGCCUACGAAGAUAAAAAUGAUAUCCCAAAAGAUGGUAAGGAGAGGACAGCAUGGAUCUUUUCUCGGAAGGCCACAGUAGAACUGACACACAACUGGGGCACUGAAAAUGAUGACAAUCAGGCUUACCACAAUGGCAAUUCAGACCCCAGGGGAUUUGGUCACAUUGGAAUUGCUGUUCCUGAUGUAAAUGAAGCUUGUAAAAGAUUUGAAGAACUGGGAGUGAAAUUUGUGAAAAAACCAGAUGAUGGUAAAAUGAAAGGUCUGGCUUUUAUUCAGGAUCCUGAUGGCUACUGGAUUGAAAUCCUGAACCCUAAUCACAUGGUGACUUUAAUUUAGGUUAGAAACAAUAAUGGACUGUGAGCUUUCAUCAAGAGAUUGUUUUAUCAUGUGAGACUUCUUUAAGGGAAAACAGUUUAUGUAAUCAGGAAAAAAAAGAGUAUAACAAGCUGAUCUGCAUUCUGUUUCUCCUGUCCCCACUUACUUUAUCAAUUUGGUUGUUAACUUGAAUAUUUUAGCAUAAUACAGUAGAAGAAUCAUUCAGACUAUUUUCUAUACUACAAUUUGAAGGUUUGGGGGUAAGCAGCAGUGAACUGCAGUGAACUGAUUUUCUUAGCCUCCUUUCUCUUUUCCCUGCUUUGUGUGCAAGGGGAGAUGGGAAGCUUAAUUUUUGCUUUGUGGCAAGCAACUUCCCAUUCAAUUUGAAGGCAGAAUAUACUAAUAUAUAUAUAUAUAUAUUUGUGCAUGUAAACCUGAGGUUUGCUGUGGAUCAUUCUCAAAACCAGGUUGGUGAUGUGUUGCUAAAACCUCUAUCAUAGUUUGAGUUUCCAUACCUACAACAGGAAAACCAAGGGUUUCAGCUUUUGGGGUUUUAGAAAUUUACUUCUGUCUCCACUAAGCAGUGAUCUCUUAGGGUAGAACAACCUUCAUAACUUUUAUUUUAAUGGUGAACCACAAUUAGUGCAAAUCAUGUCUAAGUGAAUAGGCUCAACUUUAAAAAGAAGAAAUAUUGUUUUGCCAUGGUGCCUGAAUGCAAUCAUAUGUUCUGAAUUUUUUCUUCUGGAGAAAAAUUUAUCAUAGACCCCUUUUUAUGGUUUGUGAAUUCUGUAGUGCAAUACAAAUUGAGUCUUGCUCCUAGUUUAAAUAAAGUUACUGUAUUUGCAUCAUUUUAAAGUGCUGACAAAAGACCAAUAUGGCAAUUCAAAUCUUUUUUUUCCUGGAAGAAGAUGGAAAAUAUUAAAUAUUUGUAUGCUGGACAAAAAUA